UGACCGGGGAUGUGAGGGAAGCGACGAUCCAGGAUUACGCACCAAAGAAAUAUAAGCUACGAAUAACAAAAUUUACAGAAACACGCCAGAUCUGUAGUUGACAGGUUAAUGUUACGAUAGGAAAAGAUUGGAAGUCGAUGCCUAGCCUCCAGGAGUCAAAAAAAGUCCUCACCGUUUCUGUUUAACGUCAAGUUUCCAGUGUGAGGACAGCGCGAGCGGAUGGUGGUGGUGAUGCUCGCGGCCGAAGAGCCUUGCGCCUCCACUCCACGCAAAGGCAUGGAUUGUGUGGGCAAAGCUAAUACUGUCAACAAGAAGCUUGUUCAAGCACGUCUUCCAUUCAAAAGGCUUAACCCAGAAUCCCAGGAAUGCAGUGAGUCUAAAAGAGCCAAAGGUCCAGUUGCCCUCAAGUGUUCUGAACCCAGUGCCUCUGAUGGCGAAAAUGAAAUGGAUCACUCUUCUUUGCUACUGCACCACGGCCCAGCUCUGGUUAAUGGCCGUGGGCCUCUUGAUUGCUUCAUGAGCCGACGGAAGCAUUCCCCAAUCCGCUCUGCACAUGAAGCCACAAUUGACCUCACAGAAGACUCCACUGAUGCGCCUGUGCCUCCAGUUGCAGCCACCUGCCCCAUUAGUGAAGAAACCACAAAGAUAGCAGAACACACCCCACAAUCUAUAGGACCUACCACACCACUGACGGAGGAGGAUGAAGGAGAGAUCCUCCCGCUGCUGGACACCACUCAGGAGUCUGACUCUGAAGACGAGGAGCAACAAGAGGCUGAUGUUAGCCAAGGGAAUGAAUCUGUGCUUUCGGCUGAGUCUACCAGCUCCCUCUCAGUGGUAGAGAGCUCACCAGAGCCCAGCAAGAGCGCACCCACCACCCCUGCCUCAGCAAUAAAGACAAACGCAGUGAAAAGACGGUCUCUCAAGAAUGUUCAAGAACAAGAGGAGAGGCAGCGACAGAAGGAAGAGAAAGAACGACAGAGACAAGACGCCAUAGCUGCCAAGGAGAAGAAAAGAGAGGAGGCCCGCAAGCUGAAGGAGGAUAAAGAGAGGGAGAAGAAAGAGAAGAAGGAGAGAGAUGAAAAGGAGCGGCGGGAGAAAAAGGAGAAGGAGGAAAAAGAAAAGGCAGAAAAAAUACGAGCAAAAGAAGAGCAAAGGCAGAUGAAGAUGGAGGCCAAACUGGAAGAGAAAAGGAAAAAAGAAGAGGAAAAACGGUUGAAGGAAGUGAAAGAACGAAUCAAAGCAGAGAAGGCUGAGAUUACCCGGUUUCUACAGAAGCCUAAGACCCAGCUGGCACCAAAGACUCUGGCAUCUGCCUGUGGGAAAUUUGCUCCAUUUGAGAUUAAAUCGUACAUGUUUCUGGCACCAUUGACUCGAGUACAGUGUGAGGAUGCUGUUCUAGAGGAGCUGGACCAUUAUCUUGCCCAACCAGACAGCACUCUAAAUGGACUGAAGGACUGGAUGAGUCACAAACCUCGCAGAUCGGGUCCAACCAGGCCCAGGUGCAUUGAUACGGGAAGUGAUUGUUUGGUUGUAAGUGAAAGCCUGAAGGCAGAUGAUGGCGUCCCAGAUCGUUGUCGAUUCGGCCGCAUGAAACUCCUGCAUUUCCAUGACAACUAUCGUCCAGCUUACUGGGGCACCUGGAGCAAAAAGAGCACUUGCAUCUCUCCACGCUGUCCAUUGAGACAGGACAAGGAGCAGAUGGAUUAUGAGGUGGACAGUGAUGAAGAAUGGGAGGAAGAUGAGCCAGGAGAGUCUUUAUCACACAGUGAAGGGGACGACGAUGAUGAAGUAGGAGGAGGAGGAGGAGAUGAUGAUGAUGAUGAUGAUGGGUUCUUUGUGCCACACGGUUAUCUCUCAGAAGGGGAAGGAGGACUUGAAGAUGAGGAGGGUGGAGACCCAGAGAAACAGAAGGUCCGUCAGAGGAUGAAGGCUCGUGAAUGGGAGAACGAGCUGAUGUCUAAAGGGAAGGUGAAGGUGUUGGAGGCGGUGGUGCGAGGCUGCCUGUGGGAGGGGAAAGAGCCUCCACUGGAGCUCCUGCAGCCGUACGCUGUAUGUAUACUGGAACCAUUACCCAGAGACGAGUGCAACACCCCCGAACAGGAUGUCUCACGCCAACAGAGGAAUGAGAAAUUGCUGUUACAGCUGCUGCCAUUGCUGCAUGGUAAUGUGAACAGCUCUAAGAUCAUAAUCAGUGAGUUCCUGGAGUUCUGUCGCCAGCAAACAUCAUCCCCCACAGAAACCCCUCUGAGCUCUAAUGAAAAUGUCCCAACUAGGAUCCAUAUCAAGCGUCUCAUAAAGGAGUAUGCUGUGUAUGAAAAACGCUCCACUUACAGGCGAUGCUGCUGGUAUGUGCAUGCAGAGGUUCUUGCACGUUAUUCUCAGGAGGCCUUGCCUGUGCCCUGCCAGUGGACCUACCUCACCACUGGAGCUCAGGUGACCCGCGACGAGGCCACUGGGUCACAGGGCAACUCUCCCACCACAUCCAGCUCCACCACACCCUCCAACAAGAGGAAGAGCGCCAGCAGCCACUCCAUAAAGAAGUAUAUGAAGAAAUGUGGCGAUUCUGAACAGAUUGGAGCCAUGGAGACCGACGGCUUUCAAGCAGACACAGAGGAUGAUGACGAUGAUGACGACUGCAUUAUCGUUGGAGAACAGUCCGGAUCCUCUGAACAAGAUGCCAACACAUCCUUGGCACAAACCCAGAGAAACACGGAGCCUAUGGACACAAAUGAAUCUGAAACUGCUGCUCUUGUCAUACCCUGCCUCACUUCAGCCACUGCCUGAGAUCCAACACCUUUACUGUUGGGGUUUUGUAGGGGCUCAAAAUAAGAUCUACAAUUCGAAGGAACACCGAGUCAGACACAGUAUUAAAGGUCCCCAGAAUGAAUCACUUGUUUCCUCCAAGUUGGAGGUCUGUUAGAUGAAAUUUCACCAGUACACCAUGUCAGUGGACUACACUAUAUCUUGUUGGCUCUUUUGAAGAAUAGGGUUUACCGCCCUUCAUAGAUGAGGUCCCACUUUUUGAAAGUGUGUUAAAUCUCUGCUGGUACACAGUCAAUCAAGCUGACAUAUUCUUCAGCUCUGACUCCAAUCAUGAGCUUGUUGCUGUCUGCUGGGCUUAGUGCUCAAUGCCAUUUUUUUUUUUUUUAUUGUUUUUGUUUUCUCAGAAUACUUGAACUGGUGUAUUACUUUCAAAAAUAAUGACAGUUGAAAUAUAUUGCACUUUUAUAUUCCAUUUCUGUUUAUUUCUUUCUUCCACUCAUCUUAAAUAUAGAGUUCACCCAAACAUUUAAAUUCAGUCAUUUAAGACCGAAUUGUCAGUUUUGGGUGAAAUAUACCUUUAACUUCUGUUAGCCCCUUCAGAAGUCCUUUUCUUCUGAGAUGUUUUGUAUAAAAAUAGCACAUGCCAUUUUUCGUCCAGGCUGCUAAAUGUGGUGUACAUACUAUUUCAAAUUUUAUUUUUUUUUCCUUUCUAAAGAAUAGUGUAGAGGCUGAAAUUGUCAGUGACUGUUCAACAACAGUAAAAAAAAAAAAAAAUACACAAAAAAACAGCAGCAUUGGGGUUUUCUUUUGGCUUAAGUGAUUUCUUAAUUUUUCUGAAUAAACUGCGCAAUAGUUUGCAGUU